CUUCCGUAUAUGUUAUGUAGUAUAAAUUUGUUCGUUUCCCUCAUAACGAAGGCAUUCGCAGUGAUCCGGUAGGUAUCCUUGGUUCUUCUAUCUUGUAAAAGGCAGCUGAUCCAACUGGUAUUGCGUAAAAUGAAGCUGUGGUAUAUUUACUUUAUCGUACCGUUGGUCGUUGGUUUGGGAAAAAGUCGAUACGAUGGAUACUACCUUUAUAGAAUUGUUCCGAGCGACAUUGCCGAUUUGAAUAUUUUGAAAAAUAUUCGUGACGAUGAAGAUUACAGUUUUUGGAGCGAACUGAGUCUCCACGUGCCUACUGAUGUUUUGGUGUCGCCAGGUAAAAUUGAGGAAUUUGAAAAACUCGUAAACAUCAGUGGAAUGGACGUUGAGAUAAUGAUGGAUGACGUUCAGAAAUAUAUUGAUUCUGAAAAUCCAAAUGUCAAUCUUCGUGGUAACUUUGAUUGGAAAGCGUAUUACAGGCUGGACGUGAUUAAUAAUUGGAUGGAUUCCUUGGUUGCUGAAUAUCCGAAAAUUCUCACGGGACUGAUUGGUGGUCGCAGCUUUGAGGGCAGAGAGAUUCGUGGCGUCAAGCUAUCCUUCAGGGAUGGUAACCCUGGAAUAUUUUUCGAGGGUGGUAUUCAUGCACGCGAAUGGAUUUCACCGGCCGUCGUAACUUACGUGUUGAAUGAAUUUAUAACCAGCGACGAUCCCAUCGUAAGAUACACGGCCGAAUCGUUUGACUGGUAUAUCUUUCCCAACUUCAAUCCAGACGGCUACGAGUAUACGCACACUCAGAAUCGUUUAUGGAGAAAAACAAGAAAACCGUAUACCAGCAGAUGCGUUGGAGCAGAUCCUAACAGAAAUUGGAAUUUCCAUUGGGCAGAGGGUGGCACAAGUAAAAAUCCUUGCAGUGAAAUUUUUCCAGGCGAUAAGCCGUUCUCUGAAAUCGAAACUAAAAGCAUGUCCGAAUAUAUUGCCAGUGUUAAGGAUAAAAUAUUCGCGUACGUCGCAUUUCACAGCUAUAGUCAGUUGCUGUUAAUACCGUAUGGAUACAGCAAUGCAAAAGUUGAGAAUUUCGACGAUCUCCUGAAAAUUGGAAACUUUUCUGCCAGUGUCUUAGAAAGGAGAUACGGCACACGAUACAGGGUUGGCAACAUUGUCGACGUGAUAUACGUCGCUUCCGGUGGUUCAAUGGACUGGGUCAGAGGUACCUUUCAUACCCCUAUUGCCUUUACCUAUGAGUUGCGAGAUAAGGGUCGAUAUGGAUUUCUCUUACCUGCUAAUCAAAUAAUACCAACUGCUGAGGAGACUCUUGAUUCCCUGGUAGCCAUGUUUCAGGAAGCGGAGAGACUUGGAUAUGGAAGCUACGGACGUUCUAUUGAUAGUGAUAUUAUCAUGAAGUAUUUGAUUAUUUUGGCUUUGGUCGCUUUGACCAUAGCCGAGAAAUUCUCCUACAAGGAUUACAAGGUCUACAGAAUUUUUCCAAGAACAGCAGAACACUUGAACAUUUUGCAAAAAUUCGAAACAGAUAUUACAGAUUCCUAUUCAUUUUGGAAUGGACCAAGCCGCGGAAAUGUUUCAUCUGAUCUGAUGGUGUCUCCUGCUAAAGCCAAAGAAUUUGUUGAAUUAAUGGCUGCCGUGGGAAUGGAAUAUUCAGUUUACAUUGAAGACGUUCAAGCUCUAAUUGAUGCGGAAAAUCCAGUGGACACCUCCAGAAGUUCCGACUUCACCUUCACAAGGUACCACACCCUGGAUCAGAUUUAUGCCUGGCUAGACUCCUUGGCAGUGGCUUAUCCGAACAACGUAGAGGUGAUAGUCGGUGGAUCGACGUACGAAAAACGGCAAAUCAAGGGUAUCAAACUUUCCUUCGCUCGCGGCAACCCUGGAGUUUUUAUCGAGGGUGGAAUUCACGCCAGGGAGUGGAUUUCACCAGCUACCAUUACAUAUAUUAUCAAUGAGUUACUGACAAGUAAGGACAGUGACGUCAGGUCGUUGGCUGAAAGUCAUGAUUGGUACAUCUUCCCUGUCUUCAAUCCAGACGGAUUCGUCCAUACUCAUACUACGUCAAGAUUAUGGCGCAAGACUCGUUCUCAUAACGGUAGAUUUUGUCGCGGUGCUGAUCCCAAUAGGAAUUGGGGUUACCAGUGGAUGAGUGGAGGAGCCAGUAGUAGCCCUUGUAUGGAUACUUUCGCCGGAAGUUCUCCUUUCUCUGAGAUCGAGACUAGAACCAUGUCAGAAUACAUCACUUCCAUAUCUGACAAAUUCUACGCCUAUAUUUCAUUCCAUAGUUACUCGCAAUUGCUUCUAUUUCCCUAUGGUCACACCACCGAUCAUUUGGACAAUUAUGAUGAUCUGUACGCCAUUGGCAUUAAAGCUGCUAAUAAACUGUCUGAAAGAUAUGGAACGAAAUAUACUACUGGAAACGUUGCUGAAACUAUUUAUAUAGCCAGUGGUGGCUCUAUGGACUGGGUGAAAGCUACUUUUGGAACACCUAUUACUUAUACUUAUGAACUUCGUGAUGUUGGAAGACACGGAUUCGUGUUACCAGCUGAACAAAUUAUUCCUACGGGAGAGGAAACCCUGGAUUCCCUUGUGACACUUUUCAAGGAGUCUCAAUUGCGCGGUUAUCCUGCAGGCCGUCAAUGAGUAAAAUAGAUUUUAAAUGGGUCAUCUUCUUUGUGAGCUUUAUGGUAAAAGAGUCCCCUAGGCAGGAUCCUUGACUCUUGGGACAACUGUAGAUUAGAAAUCAUAAUAAUUUCUCUGUACGAAAGAACAUGGCCUAUUAAAUACAAUUGCACCUUCA